AUGGUCUUACGACUUUGCGAAGUGCCAGAAGCUGAGAAGAAGAAUGAGCAAACCCUUCCCUUUUACCAACUUUUCUGUUUUGCAGACAAGUAUGAUUGGCUUCUCAUGACAACUGGCAGUAUAGGAGUCGUUAUCCAUGGCUCCUCCAUGCCCAUUUUCUUCCUCUUGUUCGGUGAAAUGGUCAAUGGUUUUGGCAAAAACCAAAUGGAUUUAAAGAAAAUGACUGAUGAAGUGUCAAAGUAUUCACUAUAUUUUGUCUACCUAGGCCUCAUUGUGUGCGUAUCAUCCUAUGCAGAGAUUGCAUGCUGGAUGUACACCGGAGAAAGACAAGUGGGGACUCUAAGAAAUAAAUAUUUGGACGCUGUGCUGAAACAAGACGUGGGCUUUUUUGAUACAGACGCUAGAACAGGGGAUAUAGUCUUCAGUGUCUCUACAGACACUCUUCUAGUCCAAGACGCCAUUAGUGAGAAGGUUGGUUUUGUCUACUCUCCCAUAUUCAUUAAUUACAUUCUCUCGCUCUCACACAUGCAUGUAGUUAUUACUUGCUAGUAUUCUCACUUGACUCAUCUUCACCCAGAACAAUAAAAAAAAAUUAAAAAAAAAAAGAGAGAGAAGAAGGAAAAGAGAGUGGAUUAGACUAGUCAAUGGAGUGGCCUUAGAUCGAGAUAUGCUUAUCUGGGUACGGCGGUAGUUGGCUAAUACAUUAAUGGGGGGCCCACAAUUUCAUUCUUCUCAUCAAGGCGCACGUUAGCAAGUACUUGGUUAACGUGCGAUGUUACCUCUCGCCUUUGUUUUUGCUCUAUAUUCCAUGGAUGGAGCAAUGUUUGAUCUUCAUGGCACCAAGAGGCAAUAAUGAAACAAUAUCGUAUUGAU